CGCAGGGUGCACUAGCCUGGCAGACAGGGUUGAUCCUCGGGCCAUUCACAAGCAACAGCAUCACCAGGGCAGAGUAGAGACAGGACAACAACCGCAUUGGCCCCCUGUAUACCAUAACCGCCCUCGGAGCCCAAUUCAUAUUGCCCUACCGUCGCCUGUAUGUUUUCGCCGUCAAGAUAGCAGCUUCCCGGCCCUGGCCUCAAGUCACAGCCCCUCAUAGCACCGCCGCCAUCGCACCUCGAUCCCCGCCCUGCAAAACUUCCGAGCCCCCUCAACAUGGCCUUCCUAUUCCGAAACAAGCAGAAGAACAAUCUGGAGCUCACCCGCUCCAUCAAAGAGCUUACGUUGCGGCUAGGACAGGAGGACAAACCCAACCCCAAGCUGGAGGAAGGACUAGCACUAGACCUGCAGCAGAUGAAGAUUAGGCUUCAGGGCACACCCGACACAGAAGUUAAUCCAGAGGCUGUCUUCCAGCUGCUCACGAGUAUCCUAAAUGAAGACCUACUCUACGCGCUAGCAAUCAACAUCCACAAGCUCCCCUUCGAGUCGCGAAAAGACGCGCAGGUCAUAUUCUCCACCGCAUUCCGCUACAAGCCUGCUGGGCAAGCCACGCCGCAAGUCCUAGAGCACGUCGUCGCGUACCGACCAGAUAUCAUAAUAGCGCUAUGUCGAGGCUACGAUAGGCGGGAAAGUGCCAUGCCAUGUGGUGGCAUUCUGCGCGAGGCACUCAAAUACGAUGCGAUUGCUGCGCUGCUGCUCUACGACGAGCCAAUGGAGGACGGUCAGACGCUUGACUUGGGCAACGUGAACCCAGACCUACCAGCGACCGGCAAUGGUGUGUUCUGGAAGUUCUUUGGGUGGAUAGACAAGGGCGCAUUCGAAGUCAGCGCAGACGCAUUCAACACAUUCAGGGAAAUCCUGACAAAGCACAAGCCGCUGGUGGCUACCUUUCUACAAACGAACUUCGACGCCUUCUUCUCGAAAUACAACUCGAUGUUGGUCCAGUCGGAGAGCUAUGUGACGAAGCGCCAGUCGAUCAAGCUCUUAGGCGAGAUCCUACUUGACCGGGCAAACUACAACGUUAUGACGCAAUAUGUGGAUUCAGGAGAACAUCUCAAGAUCAUCAUGAAGUUAUUGCGGGACGACAGGAAGAUGAUCAACUACGAGGGCUUUCACGUCUUCAAGGUGUUUGUUGCCAACCCGAAUAAAUCAGUCGCGGUGCAACGCAUCUUGAUCAGUAACCGGGAGAAGCUACUGCGCUUCCUGCCGUCGUUCCUCGACGAUCGGACAGAGGACGAGCAGUUCAUCGACGAGAAGAGCUUCUUGAUCCGGCAGAUCGAACAGCUUCCCUCAGCACCAGUAAUGCCGCCGACACCGACAUAGUCACACGUUUUCUCUGUUUAGACUCGCAUCUGAUGGCGUUCGAGGUUGGAUAUCCUUGGAGUUUUCCGUGGUUGGCGCAGUGAUCGGCGCAUUUCCCAUCGAUGGAA